GAUUUAGACAUAUCCAUGGCUUCCCUUCGGUGUUUCUUCUUCACUUGUCUGCUACUUUACAUUUCUUCUCCAUCUUUAGCUCAACAGUCCUUCCGCCCCAAGGCCCUGGUAAUCCCUGUCGCUAAAGAUGCUUCUACACUUCAAUACCUCACCACCAUUGACCAAAGGACCCCCCUUGUUCCCAUCGAUCUCGUAGUCGAUCUCGGUGACAGGUUUAUGUGGGUUGAUUGUGAACGAGAUUACGUUUCUUCAACAUACCGUCCCGCCAGGUGCCGUUCAGCCCAAUGUUCGUUGGCCGGAGCCGAUGGCUGCGGCGAUUGCUUCUCUGCACCUAGGCCGGGGUGUAACAACAACACAUGUGGUGUCACACCUGAUAACUCGGUGACCCACACAGCCACCUCCGGUGAGGUUGCCCAAGAUGUUGUGUCUCUUCAGUCAACCGAUGGGAGGAAUCCAGGCAGGGUGGUCAGUGUACCCAGAUUCCUUUUCGCUUGUGCACCGACUUUCUUGCUUCAAGGUCUGGCUAGCGGUGUUGCAGGCAUGGCUGGGCUGGGGAGGACUAGAAUUGGGCUCCCUUCGCAAUUCGCUGCCGCCUUUAGUUUCCAUAGGAAAUUCGCCGUUUGUCUGUCGUCUUCAACCUCAGCAAAUGGUGUUAUUUUCUUCGGAGAUGGUCCAUACGUGUUCCUCCCUGGAAUCGACGCAUCACAGUCGCUUACUUUUACACCACUCUUAAUCAACCCCGUCAGCACUGCCUCCGCUUUCCCCAUGGGCGAACCCUCCGCUGAAUAUUUCAUAGGCGUAAAGUCCAUCAAAGUGAAUGAAAAAACCGUCUCGUUGAACACAACGUUAUUAUCCAUAGACAACCAAGGUGUCGGGGGCACAAAAAUCAGCACAGUAGAUCCCUACACCGUCCUCGAGGCUUCGAUCUUCAAAGCCGUCACCGAGGCAUUCAUUAACGAAGCUGCUGCCAUGAACAUCACCAGGGUUGCUGGCGUAGCGCCAUUUGAAGUGUGCUUCAGCUCGAGUAAUAUUUUAAGCACUCGCUUAGGACCAGCAGUGCCAUCAAUUGAUCUUGUGUUGCAGAACCAGGACGUGUUUUGGAGGAUUUUUGGUGCGAACUCGAUGGUCGAGGUCAGCAGGGAUGUGUUAUGUCUUGGAUUUGUUAAUGGCGGAUCGAACCCAAGGACUUCCAUUGUCAUUGGAGGGCACCAACUGGAGAACACUCUUCUGCAGUUUGAUUUGGCAACUUCAAGGCUGGGAUUCACCGCUACACUCUUGGGCAGGCAAACUACUUGCGCCAACUUCAACUUCACGUCUAAUGCUUAAGAUUAUAUGGCAUGGCCAUG